AUGCAAGCGCCGAACCAGCGCUUUCACGAGCAGCUGGUUACCGUGGUGGAGCGGUUCACCUCGGAGGUGGUGCUGGGACCCGGCGCGCUCAUCAUCGGGAACGAGAACCUGGUUGUCAAGGCUGUCGCCUGGUCGCCCAAGCUGCUCUCUCAGGACCAAGGUUUCCUCAGCUUCUCGCUGCGCUCCAACGGUGACCACUACCUGCACGAAGGCUUCGCCGGCGACGGGGACGAGCAGGAUGGCGGAAACAACAUCGUGAUCACCAUCCCGUUCGAGGCGCUGUCUAUGGCCAUCAACAGCUCUUUCCUAGCCGCUGGCGAGGCCUACCGACCCAUCCAUGAAGUGGAGAAGGGACCACGCAUCGCGUUCAUCUCGUACCGAAACGACAAGUUCUUCCGGCCAGCUCGCUAUAGUCCUGCGUCCCUGGUCAGCACAGGGCAAGUCGUGCUGUCAGCCAAGAUUGGUAACGGCAAGAUUGAAAAUCUCACCGAUCCCUUGAUCUACCCGUAUCCGACUUAUAAGGCCGAAUGAUGCGUCUG